GGCUAAUUGGGUUCUUCAUCGCCUUCGGGGUGGUCAUGGGGCAGAUGGGGGAGCAGGCCAAGCCCAUGGCCGACUUCUUCAACAUCCUCAACGAGAUCAUCAUGCAGCUGGUCUCCAUGAUCAUGUGGUACUCGCCCUUCGGCAUCGCCUCCCUGAUCUGCGGGAAGCUGGCCGGGCUGCAGGACCUGGAGCUGGUCGCCCGCCAGCUGGGCAUGUACAUGGUGACGGUGGCCCUGGGGCUGCUGCUGCACGGGGCCCUCGUCCUGCCCCUCAUCUUCUUCGGGGUCACGCGCCAGAACCCCUUCGCCUUCUACGCCGGCAUCUUCCAGGCCUGGCUCACCGCCCUGGGCACCGCCUCCAGCGCGGGGACGCUGCCCGUGACGUUCCGGUGCCUGGAGGAGAACCUGGGGGUCGAUCGACGCGUCACCCGCCUGGUGCUGCCCAUCGGCGCCACCAUCAACAUGGACGGGACGGCGCUGUACGAGGCCGUGGCCGCCAUCUUCAUCGCCCAGAUGAACAACAUCGCCCUGGACGGGGGGCAGAUCGCCACCGUCAGCCUGACGGCCACCCUGGCAAGCGUGGGCGCGGCCAGCAUCCCUAGCGCCGGCCUGGUCACCAUGCUGCUCAUUCUGACGGCCGUGGGGCUGCCCACGCAGGACAUCAGCCUGCUCAUCGCCGUGGACUGGCUGCUGUGA